AAAUUGCGUUCUAUCACGCCUCCAUACCUGCAACUGUCACCGGCCUUUGCAAGUAGUACUCCGUAUUAGGUUUUUUUGCUCUCUCUCUUUCUUUUUCAGGUUAGGGUUUUAUAAAAUCUUCUCUCCCAUCGUUCAGACUCGGAACGUAGCUAGAAUGAGUUUCUCUAGAGAGGAGUCUCCAGAUUGGCUGCAUCAUUUUCAGGCACCUACUUCAGCCGUGACUUUGUUAUCAGGUUCUGAGUCUUCUCCAAAUGACAGUCCUACAAGGGAGGAUAACUCUGAUCCCGAGAAACCAUCUCUGAAAGAAGCAUCUGAUCAGGAUACAGUUUUUCAUGAGGGUGGUGAAAAGUCUCCAUCCGAUAAGACUUCAAAAGCAAAGUCUCCGAACAAAAAGCUGAAAGUAAAGCACUCCUACACCAGAAAGAAUAAAAUAGUUAAUCGCGGUAAAAGAGGGAAUGUGGGUGAUGGAAAAGUUGCUAAUCAAGAAACAUCUGAGGAGAAUAUUGACCCACGUGCACCAAAUCAUUCAGUUUGGGCAUUAUCAUCAGAUUCUGAGUCUUGUCCUGAUAAUGGCCUAAAGCCAGAGAAGGAAGGUGACAAGAAUGCACUCUUCAUUGACAGUGGGGGAGAGUCUCCGUUCAGUGAGGCUUCCAAAAGGAAAUCACCAAGAAAACGGCUGAAAACAGAGGAUCAGACACCAACAAAGAAGAAAAUUUUGAACCCCCAAACGAGCAGAAAAGGAAUUGACGGUGACAUUGAGGUUGCAGAAGAAGAAAUUUCUGAGAAGCAUAUUGAACCUCAUUUCUCCUCUUCAAGGUUGCCUUUGGUGCUCUCUGAGAAAGUCCACCGUUCAAAGGCACUUGUUGAGUGUGAAGGUGAAUCCAUAGAUUUGAGUGGUGAUAUGGGUUCUGUUGGACGACUAGUUAUAUCAGAUAACCCAACCGUAAAUGAUGAAAUGUUUAUAGAUUUGAAAGGAACCAUAUACAAAACAACCAUAGUUCCUUCCAGGACAUUCUGUGUUGUUAGCCUUGGUCAGGCAGAAGCAAAGAUAGAGGCUAUCAUGAAUGACUUUAUUCAAUUGAAACCACAAUCUAAUGUUUAUGAGGCUGAAACAAUGGUUGAAGGAACACUGGAUGGAUUCUCAUUUGAUUCAGAAGACGAGGCUGAGAAGAUGCCUAAAGCCAUUAGUGGCCAAACUGAUCAAAAUGAGGGCACUGAAGAGCAACCCAAUGGAAAAACCAAAGCGAAAGCGGGGAAAACAUCAGGUGCCGCACGAAAAAAGGGUAAGACUGCAGCAGGUGGAAAACGGCCAAAGAACACAAAAAAGAAAACUCAAGCUCCAAAAAAAACCAAGGCUAAGAAGUGAUAGAGAAUGUAUGUAUUGUUUCAUUUUCUUUCCUUUUCUUUUUGCUACUUACAUGUGCUAGGUAGGAAGCAUCAACCUCAAAUGGCUGACACCUAUUCUCAUAGGUUAAGGAAGAACAGUAGAAAUUACAAAAUUCAUAUUUAUUUCCCAAAUUGUGGUGUAUUAGUUCAAGGACUGUAAUAGCCCUUUUUCCUGAAAGAAAAAAGAAGAGGUUCAGAUCUACACAACAA